AGUCCCUUGGCAAUUUCAGUGUUUAGUAGGGUUUUCUUAUUUGCGGUGUGAACCGUGUCAUUUUAAAUUUGUGCUAUUAUUUAAAUUUUGAAUAUUUUUUACGCCUAGUUAUAAAAGCUAAGCUUAAAUUAAGCGUUGAGGUGUUAUAUUCAAAUAUUUACAGUGGCUUACAGUGGUUUUCAGUGCGUUUGCUGGAAAUUUAUCUAAAUACUGACUAAAUGGCUGCAGAAGAUUUCAAAUCGUUGCUACAAGUAUCUCCUGCUCUUACCAAUGAGUUACUCAGUGAGGCCCUCACAGACUGGUUUAAGGAACCAGUCACUUUUACACACUGGGAGUACGUCGGUGACACAGGAAAAGGCGACUCGUAUUUGAGCGAAGUUAUACGAAUCAAAAUCUACGGCGAUGCCAAAGGAACGUCAAAACUUGUACAAGUCGUCCUCAAGAACAUACCCAAGAACGUGUGCAGGCGUCUCACAUACCGAAGCGAUGAAUUCUUCAGAAACGAGAUCAACUUCUACCAAAAAGUCAUUCCGAAACUACUAGAAUUUCAGGCAACCAAAAAUAUUGCAGACCCUUUUACGGGGUUCACGAAAUUGUUCCUAGCGUACAGUGAUGGACUGAAUGACGUUAUAUGCCUUGAAGAUGCAAACGUAGAGGGUUUCGGCACCCAUACUUUGCGCCAAGAGGGAAUAGACUACGAUCACUGCAAGGUCACAAUGAAAACUUUGGCACAAUUUCAUGCCAUAUCCUUCGCAAUGAGGGACCAAAACCCCAAAUUGCUGAACAGGUUGAGCGACGCAGUGUUCGAUACAUACUACGAUCCUAGACUCUGGGAUUGGUAUAAGAGGUUCUGGAAAAGGAUUUGUGGUAUUGCAAUCGACGCUGUAGAAAAGGAAUACCCGAAUUCCAUAUAUUUGGAGAAAGUCAAGAAGUUUGCUGUACCGGAGCGGUAUGAAGACAUGAUUAGAGCUGUAAGGGAUAAAAGCAAUGCAGUUAUGUCUCAUGGCGAUUCGUGGACGAACAAUUUCCUGUUUAAAUAUGAAGGCAAUCGUCCGGUGGACGCUAAGAUCAUCGACUUCCAGCUAACGAGAUGCGCUAGUCCGGUAUUAGAUGUGGUAUUCUUCAUAUACGCUUGCACGGACCAAGUGUUGAGGGAGAAGUACUACGAUGAACUCCUCCAGUAUUACUACGAGGUACUGUCUGCACGGAUAAGGGAGUUGGGAACCGACCCCGACCGGGUGUACUCUCGGGAGACGUUCAUGGAGGAAGUUAAGAAGUACUCCUACUUCGGGCUGGCUUUCAGCUUCGAGUCCACGCCGUUUAUUGUGCUAGCACCGGAAGACGCUGUCAAUAUGAAUAUGGAGGGCGAUAAGAAGUUGAACAUCGAGGACUUCUGGCAAAUACCACCGUUCAAGACCAAGGAGGGUCGGCUGCGGGAGGCCAACAAUGUCGUGCAUUGCGUAGACCGGGGCUACAUAUAAUAACCCUUGGGCAAUAAUGUACUAUGUGCUAGAGUCGUCGCAAACCGCCUUGUGGCCCAUUGGGCUGCAAGUGACAAUUGUAACUAUGCAGUUCGCGGCAAAAGAAACAGUGCGAUUUCCUUCCAUAUUAUGGUUUUACUUAACUGGCAAAAAAGUUUUACCAUCCAGGGUGCCACCCAAACGUAUGCCAAAAAAUUCAUUUAAAUCGGUCCAGUGGUCUAGGAGGAGUUCACGCACACAAGAAAUAUAUAUAUAUAUAUAUAUAAAGAUAAUAAUCAAUAAUGUAUUGACUUCGAGCAAGCGAAUGAACGAUGCAUCUUUCCCACUGCCCAGGUAUUCCCCCUGUAUGAGUUACUCCUGACACUGUCGCCAGACGACACGGGGAAAUCCCUCGAAGAGGCCUAUCAUUAGUGUUUUUUAGUUAAAGAUUAAUACUAGCAGAUGUUCUUUAAAGGGAGUAUCAAAGGGCAUUAGAUAUUAUCACAUUACAAAAAAGGGUUUGCUAAGUUUCAUACCUGAAACCAGUACUGCUACAGUACAAUACCUAUAAAUCAAUCGGAUGUAUGUUCAAUGUAUUCGAAAAAGGCCGAAAUCAUUAUUCUGCAAUGCUUUUGCCAAACUCGUGGCCAUAGCGUGCGCGUGAGUUUACUGGACAUGACUGCUCUAGCUUAUAGUACAUUAUUACUCAAUGUGACAUAGUAUGUUUGUCAUCAUCAUCAUAUCAACCCAUUACCGGUCCACUACAGGGCACGGGUCUCCUCCCACAAUGAGAAGGUGUUAGGGCCGUAGUCCACCACGCUGGCCCAGUGGAUUUGGAUUAUGUAUGUAGAAAGGUAAUUUGUUAGCUGAAUCCCGUGAUUUCAAAAAGCCAUAGUAUAAUACGGAUAUGAAGCAAAAAAAAUAAUUUUACUGUGGAUGUUUGUAGGUUUGAAUUUAUCUAUAUCGUUCUUCUUCUUUUUGGUUUAUUGGUUCUGCGCGCUGAGCGAUUGAACCAUUGUCAAGUGCUUAUUCUGUGGUCAAGUGUUCAUCUAUAUCGUUUACUACGUAUAAUACGCAAUAUAGAUGUUUAGUUCUGUUUUAAAAUUUCAAUAUAUCUAGCUUUUUUUUUAAUUUUUAAUCGAUAGCAGUGGUGUGAUUGCAGUCAAGGGCUAACUUGUAAUGAAAUAAAAAAAAAAUAUAUAAACAUGUUUUUUACGCAAAGAGACAGGAAAAGGAUUAUAACACAAGCACCUCUUUAUAACCUAAAAAAUGUAAUCUACGCGAAAUAAUCACGGGUAAAAGCUAGUAUUAGUAGAUAAUCAAUUUUUAUUUUUUAUUUUAAUAGAAGAAUUAAUUAUUAUAAAGAAUUAUGUCAUUACGUUAAUUAUGAAGAUAUUAAAAUGUAUUACUAUGUUUAUAUUGUAUUAAUAAUUAAUCGUUGACUUUAUACAAAUUUUAUUGUCCGGAAUCACUAUGUGCUGUUUUUAGCAUUCUUAAAAAGAGUAAACCCAAGUGUUAAUUUCUGGUAAAAGAUAUCUUGUGAGAUUUAGUGCACUUUUAUGCUCGACCGUGUAUAUUUACUUUAAUGCCGAGGAACAGAGACAAAAGUUAAGAUUUUUAAAAUUUUAAAUAGAUAAAAAAAAUUCUAAAUUUUUAACUAUAAUAAUGGUAAACAAAAAUAGAUAUUGAUACGAGUCUUCUGUUUUAAUAAUAUUUUAAACAUACUUAAGGAAUGUCCCGCAUAUGUCCACUUUGUCAGUUAUUUGAAGCAUAAACAACAGUUUGUAGGCUGACAGUUAGCUUAAACAAGGACUUUAUUAGUAUGAGGCUAUAUAAUAAUAUAUAUAAGUUUAACUUUCACUGAAAUUGAAAUGAGUAGAAACUUAACACUAUAAAUUAAAUUUAAAAAUAAAGUUAUAAAAGAAAUCAAUUGUACUUUCAUAGUAAAGUAACUUUUAAGACUGACUUUUAAAAUCCAAAUGACUGUUAUGACAAAAUUGUUUAUUAUGAAUAACCGAGACAUAAAUGUAAACUUUCAGUUAAUGUAUAAUUAAACAUUUUCUUAUACUAGCAAGGCAGUCUGAUAGAAAGGAUGUUGUAAUAAUCACAAACAAAAUAAAACAAAAAUUAAUUCGAAAUG